CCGAAAUGGCAUUCAUCAGAGCAACAGCAUCACCCAGCCACACCAUGAAGACAGGCCAACUGGCACUAGGAAUCCUGGCGAUAAGCUUGUGCAUUUGGGCAACCAACGCGGCCUCAUCGCCAACCACCACGGAGACCACGACGACGGCGGCCAGUGACACCACCACCACGACGACGGCAGCCACCACGACCACCACCACGUCCUCCUCGUCCUCCUCCUCCUCGAAGGUCCAUCGCAAGCGGUUCAGGAUCAAGAACCUCAAGUACUCGAUUAAGCGCAGGGUGCACGUCUACCGGGCCACCAGUGCCAGUUCCACAUCCAGGAACAGGAACAGGAAUCGCUCCGGUAGGCGGGUCAGUGUGCGCCGACUCAAUAGGCUGCUGCGAGGCCGCAAUCAGGGCUAAGUUACCAAACCCAAACCCAAGUCAUAUGCUUACCUGCAAUAAAAACUAUUUUCCAAAACAA